AUGAAACGCAACCUACCUCCUCAGGCAUACAAGGUUUUCGAAAUCCUGAGAAAUAUUCUUGUCACAGAGCUCCUCAUCCGGGUCGUCUGGAUACUCGCAGCAUGGUACAGAGGCGACGCUAGACAUUAUGUCCCUAGCACUCCAGCAGAGCUCUUGCUGUUGGUAAACACGUCGGCGGCGUAUCCUCUCCGGUCCAUGCAGAUUAACCCCGCUGCCAAUGUAUUCAAUCGACCUACUCACAGCGUCGAGAAUCGCCCUGACUACCUAGGACCUCGACCCGACGUCGAUACCGAAGCCGACAUACAACUUAUCGUCGAAACCUGUCGGGGAAGCUAUGUCCAGAACGAAAAGAUAAGAGAUAUUGCAAGCUGUAUGAAGCUUCUGGCAGAGGGCGAAAGUUCUUACUACAGCCUCCCGGAUAUCACUCUACGAGCGAGCGCACAGAAUCCUCAACAUGCCGAAUAUGAUAACGCUGAUGGCAAUCACAACACAAUGCAGCAAUACCCAGAGUACCAGGCCCCCACAAGCACCUCCCGCGGAGCAUGCCAUGGGCCCGUAAUACCAUACCACACAUACUGGUCGGGAAGUGUGACAUGGCGCGUGGAGGCCUUCAUCAAAAGUUAUUUGUUCACUCAGAACAUCCCCUGUUCGCAGCUAUGGCUGUGGUUUGAUGCGGAUAGUAAUCCAAACGCUGUCAGAGAUACAUUGAGUCAUCCAAUCUUCGCAAGAUUCCUCCCACUGGUCGAGAGAGGGGAUCUACGUGUCGAGCCGUGGAAGUUCCCGUCCUGGGUGCCGCUACCUCCUGAUGAACAUCCUUUCGACCUUCCUGGAGUUGAUAUCGAUCCUAAGCUCAUGCCCUUCGAGCCGGCCGCGCUGUCUGACGCGGUGCGAUUCAUUAUGCUUCACAUGCACGGAGGCGUGUAUCUCGAUAUUGAUAUGCUACUGUUGCGCGAUUUAAGGCCGCUUCUGCUUCCUAAAAACCACACUUGGGCCGAAAGAUGGGGCACUGCGGUCGCACCAGGGGACUAUAACACGGCCGUAAUGUCGCUAAGUCCUCAGUCACGUCUGUCGACCUACUUCCUACUAGGUGCUGUGCGGAUGGGAUCAAUGUUCCACCCACGGGUAGUUGGAAAGAUGGCUCUCACCGAUGGUCGUGACAAGGAGUUCCUCAAGCUCAACGAUGCAGCCUUCGAUCCUGUUUGGACAAUAUUUGAAGGAUAUGAAGGCCAGUGCACUGUACCUUGCCUCACCUGGAUAGACGAUGCGUUUCGAGCGCAAAAGUUUGACGCUGAAUGGUCCGCGUUCGAGGGCGCGCCAUUGAAGACCCUCGAUCUUUCCCGCCCACAGAACGUAAAGACCAAACUUGACUCAGUCCAAGAAGGGAGCUCUCUCGCUAUUCUUGCAUCCAUCUUGGCCGAUCGCAGUAGCUCAGUGUCCGAUCUGAAAACUGCUCUCCGCAAUGUAGGCAUCGUAGCCAACUACGACGCGACCCGUGAUCGAUUUGCACCAAGCAAUCGCACUAUGCAAAAUUUCUAUCGGGGCUCAUACGCCUACCACAUCCACAACCAGUGGGCAAAACAGCCUGAGCCAUCGUCGUGGCUAGACGUGCUGCAACAAGCGCAUAACGAAUUCUUCGCCGGCACGUCGACGAACCCGUAUGGUGAGCAAUGGGAGGGUCCUGAAGUCUUGGCGUACGACUUUUAUCCACAACUGAUAUCCGGAGGUUGA